CGGAAUUCUUUAAUUGACGGACAGGGGCUUGCCUUUUACAAAAUGACAGCUGAGAAAGAAAACACGAGUUUGAAUGUCACUACUGCAAUUGUGACAGAUAACGACGACAAACUACAGCUAAUGAAAGGUGCAGCUUUCCUGACGACUGUCGCAUCUGCUGGGAUGAUAGCAGGAUUCGGCUCCACGUUAGCCUUGGCCAAGAAAAAUAGUCCAGGCUGGUUUAGCAAGGGAACGAUGGCCACUGCUGCAGUACCGGAGACUGGGGCGUCCCUGGCUCUCCGUGCCCUGGGGUGGGGCUCUCUCUACGCCUGGUGUGGAGUGGGCCUGCUCAGCGUCGUAGUCUGGAAAGCCAUGGGGGUCCAUAGUCUAAUAGAGUUCAGGCAGAAGAUGCAGUCUGUUUCCCCAGCUAUUCCCAAAAACGAGGAAGGACCAGCCAACUCAGAGGAAUGGGACUCCAUCUUCAAGUCUAAAGAGGACUGAAGACAACAGGUCUAGCUGACAUUCUCCCUCUCUGGUUCAGGGCAGCCUUAAUAAGCCACUGACUUAAACGACAAUUACUGUGGGAUGGGCUGUUGGUCACUGUGUUGAGGAGCUUGGCGCCCACUAGCUGUACUCACAGGUGCGGUUACUGGGCUCAUUCACCUCUUCACUGAUGCUCAUCUGAAGUCCAUGAGUAAUCCUUGUGUGAAAGAAAUCAUCAACUAAACUAUUGGACUGAGCGACAUCAUGGUUAAGCUCCCUUGGAUAAUCUUAAUUUAUUUCUGAUUUGAAGCUUAAUAUUUAAGCUCACGGGAGCGCAGGACUGUCUUGUACUAGUAUAGUACAGUUAGCCUGAGUGCCAGUCUUCAUUGUUGUCGAGCAAAAUAUUUUUGCCAUGACAAUGAGUGACGAGUUAACAUGAUCACACAGACUGGUACUCAGGCUAGUACAGUAUUACUAGGCAGCAACCGCUUUCUAAUAUUGUAUAGCAAGCAUGGUGAACAGAACUCACUAAUGACUACAUGUCAUUAAAGCCACAAGAUGGAUUGCUGUUUGGAUUCCUCAUAGGCCAUCAAUAUAUAGUUGACACUUCUAUUUUUGUUCUGUGAAACGGUAAAAAGCUAAAUGUGUUUGCAGUUCUGAAGACAGUGAAGGCUGGUCAGCUUAAUGUGAGGCACCUGCCUGGUUUCUCUUAAAAUAGAUUGAACCAUCAUACAAUGUAACACCUAUUUAAGUGUUUGCCGUCAGCUAUUCCCACAAAAGACGAGUAUCAAAGCGAGAACAGACCUGAACUAUUUAUACGGCUAGCUGUAUAGCAAGGUGUGUAAAAAUACCUGUCAUUGUGCUUGUGACUGCUGCCCCUGAUGUUUUUGUACACAUUUAGCACACACAUUGAUGCCACAGCUGUAACAUGGAGCACUGUGUCGGUUACAGCUGAACAUUUAGCCCACGGAGCACUGUGUGUUACAGCUUAACUCUGACACUUCUCUAUGCAUGAGGAUCUUAUGAGGACUUCAUUGAGAUGUUAUUUCUGUCGUGCAUAUGAUAAUUCCUUGUCCGCUGUGCUAAAUAAACUACUGUACUUGUCUUCAGUCUGAUAGGUUGCAGUUAUGUAACAGAACAGAUGCCAUUUAGCAGACGCUUUUAGUCAUGAGUGCAUACAUUUUUUUAUGCCUGUGGUUGGUUAUGUGAUAAUUUGUAGAGGUGAUUCUGCAACUCUUGGAGGACAAUGGAAGUGAAUAAAAAUGCUUGGCCAUAUUCACUCUGCCA